CUUGCUCUCACUCCCUGCUGGCCCCUGACAUGCCCCUAUGCCAGAGACUAUUGUAUGGGGGACUAAUGUACAAGGAAAACAACCAAACUUCAUACAGAAAUUUGGACAUACAACUCUACAAGAAGGAGAAGAUUUAAUCCUGCAUUGCACUAUACGUGGAAUACCCAGACCAAAUGUUGUUUGGACUAAAGAUGAUAUCAGACUGGUAGCUGGAAACAUCAGUAUUGAGAAAUUAGGUGACUCCUAUUACCUUUUAAAAAGAAAUGUAGUCCUUGCUGAUACUGGGAAAUAUAUUUGUGUUGCAAGCAAUGAAGUUGGGGAAGCAUACUGUUCAGCUUUCAUAAGAGUUACAGAGAAAAAUGAAAAACCAGAAAUUCCCACUGAAACUGAGACAAAAUCAAAACAGGAACAAGGAUAUUUUUCAGAAAAAAUGACUGUCCCUACAACUGAAGCGGGACAAGGUCAGGAUGCAUAUUGUAUGAAAGGUCAAAGGCCAAUGGCUAACCAUCUGUCAGUGAGGUUAAAACAUGAACACUGGCUGCAGAGUGCCUAUUUUUCACAUGUGGAGUCGCAAGAGGUUAACAUCAGUUUGAAGCAUGAUCCCAUACUUCUCUUGGCUAGUCCAGAGGAUAUUAUAGGGGAAAUCUAAUUAAGAAGAUGGGUUGAACUUCAGGAUGCCCAAUUUAUGAGUGGACUAAUUGCUUGCUGUGAAUCUUCAUGGAGAUUUGACAUUGUGGGGGGUAGGGGGGAAGGGACUCUUUGAGUACUGCUUAAUUAAUACCUGUUAAGAACAUGCUAGUAAUUAGAAUUUGUAAUUUGUUUCUCUAUAUUUCAUUAAUAAAGUCACAUGCAU